UCUGUGGUCUAGAAAGCCCCGAGAGUAGUGAAAAAUUAAGAUGUAAUAAUAAAAUGUAAAGAUGCCUCAUAUCAAUAUGUAACUAAUUUAUUUUUAAUGGAUCAAGUGAAGCAUAUAUCCCGAACAAAAGCGAUCUUCCAGACUUAAAUCAUAUUUAUCUUUAUAUCGGCCAGCUAAAAAUAAAAUACAAUGAAGAAGAAUAAACCUAAAAGUCGGCCGAUGUUUGAAAAUACGCGAAAAGCUAUACGUAAACAAAAGAGGCAGCAGAAGAAAGUUCAUCGUCAAGAGCAUUAUUUAAAAAAGAACGAUAAGCCUGAAUAUACAGCAGGCAGAUUUGUUAAAAGGCCUGCAGAAUCUCCAGAACUGAAAGUGGAAGUUAAGAAAAAGAAAUCCAAAGUAGAGACACCUCUAGACAUCCUCGGUAAAGAACAGCAAAAGGAAAAGAAAGAAGCCAACAAAUUAAAAAAAGAAAUGGAAGAACAGAGAAAGAGGUUAUUAAUGGAGGCCAAUGAGGAUGAGGACAAGAUUAUUAAGAAGUUGGAGAAACAGUUAGGCCUUAACAAAACUAAGAAUAAGAAUAAUUACUUCGCUGAUGAUGGACUUGACUAUUUACUAGAAAUAUGUGAUAAAUCAACAACAGAGCAAAUAGUAGCUGCUGAAAAGCAUUUAGCUGAAGUAGAUGCUGACUCAGACUUUGAAGAUGACCUGGCAGCAGUCACUGGUAAAGAUAAAAAGAAAAAGCAUAGUUCAAAGAAGAAACAAGCAGAAGAUAAUAGUGAUGAGGACCUUUCUGGUGACAGUGGUGAUGAAAUGGAUGUAGAUGACGAAGAUUUAGGCAGUGAAGAAGAAUUUGAUGAAGAAAUGAGUGAGGGUGAUGAUGAUGAUGAUGAUGAUGAAAAUAGUGAAAUAAGUGGGGAAGAUGAUAUGGACAGUCAUUAUGGAGAAGAUAGUGGUUCUGAUGAUGGACCUGAAGAAAAACCAACCAAAUCACAAAAAGCAAAGCAAAAUCAAAAGGCAAAACAAGAUACUAAAGAAAUAAAUAAAAAAAUAGAAACAAAGAAAAAAUCAAAGGAAAAAAUUGUAUCUGUUGAUGAAUUAAGUAAAGUAUUCAGUGAUGAUGAAGUAUCGCACUUAUCUGGUGAUGAUGAUGACGAUGAUGAUCCCUUUUCGGAUGAAGGUGAGAAAAUAGAAGAAAAGAAAGAGAAGCCUGAUGUUUGGGAAGAUAUUUAUGGAAGGAAGAGAGAUAAAGAGGGAAAUGUUAUAAAGGAAGAAAAAGGAGUUUAUGUUCCACCUCACCUCAGAAACAAAGAUUCUAGUUCAGACAAACAGCUGAUCCAAUUAAAACGACAAAUCAAAAGCGUCCUCAACAAGCUAGCCGGUACAAAUCUCCACUGGGCAUCGACCUCCAUAGAAGCGUUGUACUCCAACAACAGCCGCAACUCCGUCAACACGUCGCUGACUCAGCUGUGGCUGGACGCGACCGUGUCGCCCGCGAACACGCCCGACCGCAUGGUCGCCGAACACGCCGCGCUCGUCGCUAUACUACACGCUAAUGUUGGCUCUGAGAUUGGUGCUCACUUUUUGCAGGACCUUUGCAAGAGGUUCGAUAACAUGAUGCAAACGCCGCAACCGAUACCAGACAAGACACUUGAUAACCUAGUGUCCUGCUUAGCACACUUGUACAGUUUUAAGAUAUACCACGCAUCUUUAAUUUACGAUAUAUUGAGUCGUCUCUUAGAUUCGUUAACGGAGAAGAAUAUAGAAUGUGUGUUGGUCGCGCUGAGGAGUGUGGGCGGUGUGUUACGUAAAGAGGAACCCCUGGCAUUGAAGAACUUUAUACAUGAGACACAGACUAGAGUUGCGAAACUCAACGAGGCUUCAGCUGCUGGAUCCCGAAUAAAAUUCCUGCUGGAAGUCUUAAUGGCUGUGAAGAACAACAAUCUGACUAAGAUACCGAACUAUGAGCCUUCCUAUGUGGAAGAACUCAAGAAGUUAAGCAGAGGGAUUAUUAGGAAAGGAAACUAUAUCACACCGCUAAAUAUUAGACUUGAAGACCUAUUGAAAGCUGAUGAGCGCGGUAAAUGGUGGGUGGUUGGUUCAGCGUGGGAGGGCAACAUCACGCGUCCAGAGGAGAAGCCGGCCGCCAAGCUAGUGCCCACCGCCGACCAGAAGCUUCUAGAACUAGCCAGGAAACAGAGGAUGAAUACUGACGUCAGAAGAAGCAUAUUCUGUGUUAUAAUGGCUGCUGAGGACUACAUGGACGCCUUCGAGAAGCUCCAGCACCUAGGCUUGAAGGGCCAGCAGGAGAGGGAGAUAGUGCACGUCUUGUUGGCCUGCUGUCUGCAGGAGAAGACUUACAACCCGUACUACGCUGUGCUGGGACAGAAACUGUGCGAUACCGAUCGGAAAUACCAGUUAUCAAUCCAAUACUCAGUUUGGGACAAGAUAAAGGAGCUGGACACCAUAGCGAAGCAGUCUUCUGCGAACCUGGCGCAGUUCCUGACACAUCUCAUCAUGGAGAAGGGACUGCCGCUGUCUGUCUUGAAGGUGAUCCAAUUUUCGGAACUGAAUAAACACUCAGUGCGGUUCAUGCGCCAGAUUCUGCUCUCCAUCAUCAUGAACGCCGACCUCCAAGCGGCUUUGGAGGUCUUCCUCAGGAUAUCGAAGGCUCCCAAACUCCAGAUGUUUAGGGAAAGCAUACGGUUGUUUAUACAACACUUCUUGAUAAAGAAUGCAGGGAAAAAGAGCGAUGUGUUGAGUGACCAAGAGAUGGUCACGCUGAAGGAACGGGCCUUAGAAGUUGAUAAGAUAUUAACCUUACAUGAGUCUAAGAUGAAGUUUUAAUAUAUAAUUUGUUUAUA